AUGACGCUGGACGAUUUGUUCGCCAAAAAAGCCAAAAAGAAAACUAAGAAACAUAACCCACAAGAUCUGUUUGAGAAACUUACAAAGGAGGUUAGCAAACAGCAUGUCCAAGAAGGAGACGUUAACAGUGACAAUACAAAGGCGAUUGCCAACCUGGUGAAGGAUGACGAGUGGGAAACCAUCGAAGACGAUGAGAAGGAGAUCGAUCUACAGACAAUACAGCUUGGGAAUCUGGCACUGAAUGUUUCAGGGGAACCUAAACAGCAGUCGAAAGAUAAAUCUGAGAAAGAAGGCGCUGGUGAGGCUGUGGAAGAAAAAAAAGUUUGGGGCACGAAGAUCCCGGAGGUUACC